CACAUUGGUCCUUGCUCAGGGUGGCAGUGAAGUCUGUUCUCAAAAAAUGUGUCUUAAGUUUGGACUUAAAGGUGAUCAGAGAAUCAGAGUGAUGAAGGCUGACGGGUAAUCUUUUCCAAGCUCAAAGACCUCUGUCCAUAGUCUUUUUCUCAAUGGGACUCGCAGAAGCUUGGUGUCAGAAGAUGAGCGAAGAGGUCUUGCGGGAGUUUAGAUGGAAGUGAGUUUAGAUAGAUACCGAGGACUGGUGCCACAAACUGCAAAAUCAAAGUGGAAAGUUUGUAGGUCAUACGGUCCGUGACUGGCACCCAGUGAAGAGAGUGAAUGAUAGGUGAUAUAUGUUCUCAUCUAGAUGGUCUGAUAGGUGAUAUAUGUUCACAUCUAGAUAGUCAUCAGAUGAGGUGAGCAGCGUUAUUCUGGCUCCUCUGAAGCCUGUCAGAAAGAUACUUGAGAAUGUCAACCAAAAUAGAAUUGCAAUAGUCCAGCCUCAAAAGUACAAAGGCACGGAGGAGAGUUUUAGUUGAUUCAGAGGUGAGAUGAUGAUGAAUGGCACAAAGUUCAAGGUAAGUAAUUCUGCAGACAUGAUAGAUAUGAUGAAAAGUCAAACUCUGCUCGAGAAUGACACCCAGACUGCGGACAGAGGUGGAGAAAGGGAGAAAAGGAUCACAGAAAUUUCUUGAGACAAGUAGCAGUUCAGUCUUGUCAUCAUUCAGUUGCAGUCAGUUUUUGGAGCAUCCAGGACUUAAUAUCAUCUUUACAUUCCUGUGUAGAUGUCACUAGUCCAGAGAGUUCAGUGAGUGGAGCUGAGUGAUAAAGCUGUGUAUCAUCAUCAAAACUCACAUGGGACAUGGCAUGUCUUGACAAAAAACAGACAGAGGGGAAGUAUCUAACACAAAGAGUAUUGAACUCAAGACAGACCCUUGUGGGACCCUAUAUCUCGGGACAGAAGAAUCUAAGUAUACACAGUCCAUGAGAUAGGACCGAAACCUAGACAAAGCAACAUCAUGGAUGUCAAAAGUGAGCUCGUCUGUGGACUGUAUUUGUAUAGAAUGGUCAGCAGAACCACAUGUCCACAUGCAGCUGACAAGUCUCACAAUGCCAGAAAUGACACUUUGUCAUCGUCAGCACUGAGGAGCAGAUCGUCUACAACUUUUAGAAGUGCAGAUUCAAUUCCAUGGCCCUUUCUAUUGACCCAAACAUGGGGUCGACUAGCUGUGUAUUGAAUCAUAAAGUGCACAACUCAUUUAUGCACGUGAAACAAAGUAAGAUUAAAAAAAAGGAUAAAAUAGGACAGAUGUCUACAAACCCCGCGUGAAACUGAAAUGAGUUGUGUAGAGGAGGAAACAGGAGGAGCACGAGCUCAAGCACGUGUUGGGGCAGGCUCAGUAGCACACUGGGAGGUGGUGUACGUGGUUCACACUCCAUCAAAAUCACUUGCAGCUGUCCUCCCGCCUGAGGGGCGACUCCCCGACACUCUGUCGGCACAAAUGCGGCGCCUUUUAAGUCACGUGACUUUAUUCGCUCGCUGCACUUUUUCUUUCUUUUGUGUUAAGUGCUCGGGAAACAUUAUUUAUUAUAUCUAAUCUGUACUUGGUGGCAUUUGCUGUGGUGCUGUUGUGGAGAAACACAAGUGUCUGCACCCUCCCAAGUCCCAACUUGUUGCCCGGCUCUCCGACAAAUGUUAUUGACCGACUGACUCAGUGUAAUGUGUGUGUAAUGUGUGUGUGUAAUGUAAUGUGUGUGUGUGUAAUGUGUGUGUGUAAUGUAAUGUGUGUGUGUGUAAUGUGUGUAAUGUGUAAUGUCUGUUGGCAUUAGAGCCCGUGAACAGACCCUCAUCUCUAGUAACUGGAGGUCUUUGCGUGCUGUCCAUCAACUGUUGGCAAGUGAGUGUUUACUGUUCUUUGUCAGAGAGUUCAGCCGUUUGUCAUGGUCACAACAAAUAUCUUUUUUUUUUUCUUGUAUCGGGAAUGUACACUGGUCGUGAAAUUAUUAAUGAGCAAGUUAGUAGAAGCAUUGCAUCCAUCACACGGACCUCACUGCCCUCGGGAUUGUGACGGUGGAGGACAUCACUUCCCGAGCGACGACGUCGAUCUCCACGGAGAUGUUGUGUCUGGUCGUGCUGUCCACCUUGGGGGCGCCACAGUCUUGUGCUCGCAGUGUCUUCCUAGUAGUGAGUAAAUACUUGUUCUUAGCAAGUCAACGGCUGCGACACACCAUGAGUAUGUACUCAUCAACAAAUUCUCUGUCCUUCAGUUCCGGCAGGAUAUCUAAAGAAAGAAACACUCCAAUUGUUUACAUGUAGUGAUUAACUGUACUCACUGGCUUUCUGUUGACACCUUUGGAAAGAGGACAUGUUGACCUUGUUGAUUUUACAAUUGUGAAGUAGCCAGGACCACCGAGGGUUGCUUGUGAUUGCGAGAGUUUUAGUUGCUUAUUGUGAACUGAAGACAGCGAUUCUUGAGGAGUGUAUGACAUAAAUACAGGGACUGCAAGAGACAGGUGUAGUAUGUGCUUGUGUUGUAAACAUAUGAAUCUGACACACGUGAGAGCACCUGUGACAAGAAUACUAAGGAAAAUGAAAAAGAACCGCCGAUUAGAAACUUUUGUGUGGAAUACAAACAAUCAAAUUAAUCUUAACAUUUAGUGGAGCUGUCUCAUGAAGGGGUAAAGUUUUUUUUCUGCCCGCUGUCUAUCCAUCCAUCAAGUCAGUUUUAUCGUCUGCCCUGUCACCACAUCCCUGCUCGCCAACCCACUGGGGUCCAACCGGUUUGUGAGAUGUGAGGAUGGAGAAGGUCGUCUCCAGGCACUGUACUCGAUGUGUUGCGACUAUGGGUGUACAUUGUAAACAUCGACUUCUAAAUUUCUUACCAUAGAGAUCAAUGUCAUGAACACUACAGGGAAGUCCAUGUUCAUCAUAGAAGUGUCAAGUUAGUUCAUAGUUUGAACAAUAAUUCUGAAUAGUAUACUCCUUGACAUGUUUCUCGUACACUCCACUCAAUCCAGAAAUGACAUCGAGGGACAGCUUAUAGAGCUUUAGCACUGGCUUAGUUUACAGUGUGAGUGUUUGUGCUAUUGUGCCCCCCUUUCUCUCACACACAGUAGACAGUAUGACCCUAACUUAACCUGUCGUUAAUACUUGCAGUGUCUAGUGGGGUACAUGCCGACACAAUAAUGAGUCACUGUGCCACCCGGCUGGGUGCGAAAAGUUUUCUUUUUAUGGCGAUGCGCACCCCACCCAUGCCACUUCACACCCCCACCCAGUUUUUGUCCUCCCCCUCCCCAGUUCCCACCUGGCAGCCCCCAGAUGCUGCUUUAUCACUGUUUGCCAGCUGUGAGACUGUGUAAACUUUCUGACUGUCCCAACUGCAAGCAGAUCUGUCCCAGCCCAGCGAUGUUGUGUACCUUAUUUAUUUUUCAAUGAAUAUUUACUGGGUCUUGUUGUUAAACUGAGUUGUCUUGAUGGCGUGAUAACGGUAAUUAUUUAUUGCAUUCGCCUAACCCAACUGUUUUUUGGGCCUGGACCAAGUCAAGUUGGCUGAGCUGCGCAGUGAGAUAGCUGAUGACACUGAAUAGGACACCGAUAAAUGCUGAAACAUUUCCUGAAGGCACACAUCGGAUAUAUGUAGACUCUUUGUUUUUUGUUUGUUUUUUUUUUUUUUUGCAUUGUGUUUGAUGUUCUCACUUGGCUGUCCAAAAAGAUUGUAUCGCUUUAUGCGAGCUUGAAAUUGGCAAUGUGACCGUUAACCUAGACUAUCUCAACUAACAUCAGACGGGACACCGUCCACCACCAGACUGACUAUAUACUCCUUACAAUCCAGGGAUCGUUGACAUCCACUGAGAGAUACAGUAUUUUGUCCGCCACCAGAGGUAACACAUAUUGGAACGAAGAAAAUAACGGACAAGCGCAGCCAGAGCGUUAAUCGAAGUGAAUACGUCUGCCUAAUUGGGUGUGUCUCAGGUACAGCAAGACCAAACUUCAUCAAUGUAGACAAUGGCAGCUGCUAGCAAAAGCCACGUAGAUAAAGAUAGCUUACCUGCAAAUGGCCUCAAAGAGGCACAGCAACAACCUUACCAUGUGUGUGUAGACAGCGCCAAGUUAGACCAGCCUUGGUUUUGGCCGGCUAUACCAAGGGAAGAAGCUGAGCAGCAGCUGGAUGGGCGGCCGGAUGGAUCUUUCCAGAUUCGGAAAAGUAGUGUAAAAGGAAAUUUCACACUUGUUGUCAGGAAAAAUGGUGAUAAUUCUUGUAUUAGGAUCAUCCAUCAUAAGGGACAGUACGGCCUACCUCAUUCAGAUUUGAACUUUCCUUCUCUUUCCAAAUUUGUGGAGUACUACAGAAACCACUCAUUUGCCUCAUUCAACAAACAUCUUGAUAUUUGCCUACAAGAUCCAGUCUUUAAGGAAAUCAAGGCUUCUGGUGGCGAACAGUAUGCAGUGUUUAAAGAGCUCUAUGACUUGUGUCAGGAGGAACUGAGUGCUCAUACUCGCUUGUCUGUGCUUGGCACUCAACGUAAAGAGCUUGACAAAAAUGUAAAGAUGUAUCAGGUGAUGCUUCCAGCAUUGCGAGUCGUUCAGAAAAUGUAUCACGAACAGCUGCGCCUUCAGGAGAAGGCAGAUCCCUCCAUCAGUCUGGAUAAUGGCAUCCGCCUUGAAGACAGCAACAAGAACAGCCCAGAGAGUUCAGAGGCAGAAGAAGAAGAGGAGAUUGAGGAAUUUCUCAUGAACCAAGACAUUAGCAUGGUCGCGCCAGAGGAGAAGGUUGUGGAGAAGGCUAAUGAGAAGGAUGUUGAGAGGCAACUGUCCGCAGAAGAGGAAAAGAGUUUAACAGCCAACACUCGUUUGAUGAUGACUCGGCUGUCAGAUCUGGCAGAAAAAUAUAAAAGUAUCCAGUCAUGUCUGGAGGCGAAUCGGUUACAGCUGCGUGACCUGGACACGGAAGUCAAGUCUGUUGAGGGCAGCAUUCUCCGUAUGGAAAAACAACACGAGGAGCUUACAAGACAACUGGUGGAGCUUGGCUGUGAGCGUGAGUACCUCUACCUGGUGCUGGAACCAAGGGUAGCAACUCAGGAGUUUGACCGCAGUUUUUGGCUGGUCGACUGCUCACGGGAAGAAGCGGUGGAACGACUCCGGGGUUUUCCUCAUGGUGCUUUUCUAGUCAGACCAAAAGAAAAACGUCAAUUUCCAUAUGUCUUGUCUAUUGUAGUUGCUUCAAAUGAUGAUGAAGUAGGAAGUGUCCAGCACUGCUACGUAGUUCAUCCUCGAGGGCGAGGCUUUGGAUUUAAUGCUCCUUUAGCAGUCUUCCACUCCUUAGACCAGCUGGUUUUGCGGCACCAGUAUGUCUCUUUGAAAUACUAUUUUAAGGACUUGGAUGUGCCAUUAGCCUUUCCAAUUGGCUGUCAGGAUUUGUUCAGACAAUCAUCCCAACCCGAUGACUCUCGAUCACAUCUGACUGAUGGACACUAUGCAAAUGCAUCAGCCUUACAACUUGCUGAAGCUGAAGACAGCAUAGAGGUGUGAGGACUUCAAAAGAAUCCUGCAGAGCACUGGUAAUGUUUUUUAGCUGAAAGGUGCAGUAAUUGUGUUGUGGUUGUAUAAUGCUGAUAUUUUUAGAGUGGGAGGGGAGGUAAUGAUGCCUGAUGAGGGGAAGUUCAAACCAGCCUUUGGGAGAAGACAGUUUCUCCCAAAAAGUAAUCCAGUCAUAUGAAGAUUGUUUUAUACAUGGAAAACUGCUUCAAGGGAGUGAAUCAGAAGCUUAGGUGGUUAAAGUAUUGGCUUAUUUGUCGUCAGAAUGUUGCUGACUUCUUCUUUGCAUUUAAAAAAAUCUUUAUCGAAUAUUUCAUUCUUGUAUAAGGAGCUGUUGACCACAUGGGAGUAAACAUUCCCACAGAAUGUUCACCUGCUUUUAUUUAUCUUGGCACUCUUGUCCAAGUUAUUCUUGUGACAACAGACAAAGCAUCUAUAAGACACAGAUGAUGAGAAGGAACCCACAAUUCUUUUGAUUUACAUAAAAUGCUGCUGAAUAUUCAUUAGCCAGUUCUUGUAAUUUUAUCCCAGAAACAUCAGCCAUUGGUCAGUUUGUAUGUUGAAGAGGAGGAGUAGAUUUUUUUUUCUCAUUUUGAGGAUUUAAUCAUGUUUUCCAGAAAAGAGGUAAACCACAGAGUUAUCAAGGUAAAAGAUGUGUGAAAAUUUUGGUUUGUCAAAAACAUGUAUUCAAGGAGAAGCAUAGAGUAUGACAACCUGAACUGAACUUCAGAAACAAAGUGCAUUAAAUAAGCUUUCAAGCUGAAAUUCUCCUUGAAUAGAAUCAGUGAGAUUUGGUGACGGUUAAGUAGAACCACAAACUAAUAGAACUAUCUGUGAUGCUUUUCUUUUUUUUUUUACUCAGUUAUUGACUGUUCAAGCAGUUGUCAUUUAUCGAAAAUACAUAAUACAAAAAAAUCCAUUCAGGGCAGCUUUAUGACUUAGUGUCUGCAUUUAUAAACCACGUAGCAGAUGUAAAUGAUGCUUUUACACAUCUUUUAAGCAGUUGGCAAACAAAAGAGUGCGAACACUAAAUUGAAUGAGAUGUAAAUCAGUUUAUGGAAACAUUAAUUCAUCCUUGAAUGCACAUGAAAGCAGCUGAAUGGCCAUGCUGUCAGGAAUAAGUCUGUUUUUCAGUGGCCAAGUCAAAUGUUUGAGCGAGUGUUUAUAGUCUGAAUUGUGCAUGACUGUGUAUGUGUGCAUGUGUAAGCAUGUUCUGGACUUUUCAGCAUGCUUGUAUACAUAUAUUCUAUAAUUUUCACUGGAACAUGAAUGGGCAUGUAUCCAAAUAUGUUUUCAUUUUCUGUAAAAUACUUAUUUACUUUUGUCAUAUUUGUUCAUGUGACCUGUCUAGCCAAUUUUUUAAAGAUUUUUUUCAGAUUUAGGGCAUGCUCUUGGGGCACAGGAUAACAAUUAGUGUCUUCAUGUAUAAGAUAUGAUUUGUUUUCAUAAUCUUAAUUUAACUUGUCAUAGGGUCGGUUACUGAACUGUUAUGCGUCUUACAGCAGUCAAACCAUAAGUGUAAUAACAAUAAUUGCCUUAUAGUAGCAUCAGGAUUACUUUCACAUGGUGUCACUUUAAAAUCGGAACAAUAUGCAUGACUUAAAUCACAUAUAUCUCAGGGCUGUUGGCUGUCUGCCACUAACAAUUCUAAGCCUCUUGCAAAGUUUAGGCUGUAAGGUCACACAAUUUAAGAGUUCAACAUCUUAGAGUCAAUAAACAGAAAACACAACAGACCA